AUGACUCUCAGCCGGCAGCUGCCCAAAGCCUCUGGAGUGCUGGAUUUGGCUGUCUCCAUUUGGCAUAUCAUGUUCAUUCCUGGGCACCCGCUGUCUCCCAUGCCGAUGGUCUCUCACAUCUACAACCCUAUCUUCCCCAGUCAACUCUCCAACAUCUUGCUCUCACCCCCUUUUUUCGGACUUCAGCUUUUCCAGCCCGGCAGCCUCCUCGACGCACACAAGCCGCUUCGCUUGCCGGCUGCACAGAAUGAAUUGCCAGCUGCAGGCAAUAUGGCACCCAACAUAAAUGAAGGUCGCCCUUUGAAGCAGCGUCGAGCCAGAGCUAAUUACAGCAGCUGGCAGCUAGAAGAACUUGAGAAAGCCUUCCAAGCAACGCACUAUCCUGAUAUCUUUAUGAGAGAGGCCUUGGCCCUUCGGCUGGACCUGAUAGAAGCUAGAGUACAGGUUUGGUUUCAAAACCGCAGAGCAAAGAUGAGGAGGCAGAUGAAAACGCAGGGUCCUCCGGAUAGGUAUCCGGAGUCAAAGAGAAGCCCACAUUGUGAUUUUGGAGAAGGGCCAGAGGAGAAAUCUUUGGAGGCUCCAAAUUCUCCGAACAAAAGAAAUCAGGACAAUACAAAGGAAACGAAGCUUGUAUCAGACAAAAGGAAGAACAAAGAGACGCAAAGGUCAAACAGCAUCGCCACUUUACGAGCCAAGGCACGAGAACAUGUGGCGGGGAUACAGAACUUGGUCCUGAAGAAAGAAACCACAGAGGACUCAACAACAUCAACAACAACACAGCACAAAACAGCCGAUAGAAGCCAAUAA